GGAUUAUGUAAGGUGAUGCCUGUGAUGCGUGAGUCGGUGCCGCCACACAUGUAUCACUCAUCAGCCUUUUUCCAAAUCCCCCCUCAGAUAAAAGAUCUGCAUCUCGUACACGGAAAUGUUGAUGACCCAGCCUCGCUAAAGCUCCAGGGUUCCUUGAAAAGAAAACAAGUAGUUAACCUAUCUCCUGCGAAUAGCAAGAGGCCCAAUGGCUUUGUUGACAACUCAUUCCUUGACAUCAAAAGAAUCCGUGUUGGGGAGAACCUCUGUACAGGACAAGGUGGCAUCCAAGUGAAUAAUGGACAAAGUCACAUUAUGUCAGGAGCUUUGCCUAUAAACCAGGCCCCCCUGAGAAAGACUAACACACUGCCAGCACAUACACAUUCUCCUGGCAAUGGAAUGUUUAACAUGGGCUUAAAGGAGGUAAAGAAGGAGCCAGGAGAGACGCUGUCUUGUAGUAAACACAUGGAUAGUCAAAUGACCCAAGAGAAUAUUUUUACCAAUAGGUAUGGAGAUGAUCCGGGAGAGCAACUGAUGGAUCCAGAGCUACAGGAACUGUUCAAUGAACUGACCAACAUAUCUGUGCCUCCCAUGAGUGACCUUGAGUUGGAGAACAUGAUCAAUGCCACCAUAAAGCAGGAUGAUCCAUUUAACAUUGACUUGGGUCAACAAAGCCAGAGGAGUACUCCCAGGCCCUCUUUGCCUAUGGAGAAGAUCGUGAUCAAAAGCGAAUAUUCACCUGGGCUGACUCAGGGCCCCUCAGGCUCUCCGCAGUUGAGGCCUCCGUCAGCUGGUCCUGCAUUUUCCAUGGCCUCUGCCCUCUCCACUUCAUCACCAAUCCCAACAGUCCCCCAGAACCAGGCUCAGCCUCAAACAGCAUCGGGAGCAAACCGGGCUCUGCCAAACUGGCAGGAAGUAUCCCAUGCCCAGCAACUCAAACAGAUAGCUGCCAAUCGUCAGCAGCAUGCCCGGCUGCAACAGCACCAGCAGCAACACCAACCUGUCAAUUGGUCAUCCUUGCCCUCUUCUGCUGUACCAUCACCAGGUCCAUUUGGGCAGGAGAAAAUCCCCAGUCCUUCUUUUGGUCAGCAGCCAUUCAGCCCACAGGGUUCCCCCAUGGCUGCGGUAGCAGGCAGUAGUAACCAGUCGAAAAUAAUGGCUAACUACAUGUACAAGGCUAGCCCCUCCUCCCAGGGUGGGCACCUAGAUGUGCUCAUGCAGCAAAAGCCUCAGGAUCUCAGUCGAAGUUUUAUGAACAACCCACAUCCAUCCCUGGAACCCCGUCAUGGCAACACCAAGCCUUUGUUCCAUUUUAACUCAGAUCAAGCAAACCAGCAGUUGCCUUCUGCUUUACCUUCCCAGAGUAAGCCUUCUCUCCUGCACUACACACAACAGCAGCAACAGCAGCAACAGCAGCAGCAGCAGCAGCAGCAACAGCAACAACAGCAGCAGCAACAGCAACAGCAGCAACAACAGCAGCAACAGCAGCAGAACUCUAUUUCAGCCCAACAACAACAUCAACAACAGCAGCAGCAACAACACCAACAGCAGCAGCAACAGCAGCAGCAGCAACAACAACAGCAGCAGCAACAGCAGCAGCAGCAGCAACAACCAUCCCAACCCACCCAACCUUUAUCAACACAGCCUUUGCUAAGGUCACCCUUGCCUCUUCAGCAAAAGAUCCUGCUUCAGAAAAUACAGACUCAGACUAUCACAGGACUGGGAUAUCAAGUCUCCCAACAACACAGACAGGAUCAACACUCUGUGGGAGGCCAGAACACAGGCUCCAACCCCAGCCCCAGCCCCUGCUCAAACCCAAGCACUGUAAGUGGCUACGUGAGCUCCCAGCAGUCACUGCUGAGUCAGCAGUUGAUGGGGAAGAAACAGACUCUACAGAGGCAGAUCAUGGGGCAGAAACAGCAGCUUCUUCUCCAGCAGCAGAUGCUGGUUGAUGCGGAAAAAAUUGCUCCCCAAGACCAGAUAAAUUCGCAUCUGACAAGGCCGCCCCCAGAUUACAAAGACCAAAGAAGAAAUGUGGGGAAUCUGCAGCCAAGUGCCCAGUAUUCUGGUGGCUCCUCUACCAUGAGUUUACACUCGAACCAGGCUUUGACGAACCCAGUUUCAACGCACACCAUUUUAACUCCGAAUACCAGCCUGAUGUCCGCUUCCCACGGGACAAGGGUGCCGUCGUUAUCCACAGCAGUCCAGAACGUAGCGAUGUACGGGAAUCUGCCGUGUAGUCAGCCUGGCACAUACAGCAUGCCUUCAGGAAGGAAUCAACUGACCCAGCAGAGGAACCCAAAUCAGCUGACAACAAACCAAAACAACCCCUUGAUGCCACGGCCAUCUACCUUAGGGCCAAGUAACGGUAGCAAUGUGGCCGCUUUUGGAACUGGAUCUGUUGGUAAUUCACAACAAUUGAGACCAAAUUUAACCCACAGUAUGGCGAGCAUGCCAGCCCAGAGAACAUCGAAUGUAGUGAUCACAUCCAACACAACAGCAGUGAACUGGGCCUCUCAGGAAGCAGCAACCAAACAGCAGGAAGCUCUGAAGUCCACAGGGGUUCACUUCCCCACAGGCAGCCCUGCGGCCUACACCCCAAACCAGUCACUACAACAGGCAGUGAGUAGCCAGCAGUUUACCCAGAGGGCAGUGGCUCCUCCGAGCCAGUUAACACCAGCCGUGCAAAUGAGACCCAUGAACCAAAUGAACCAAACCCUUAAUGGGCAGACCAUGGGUCCACUCAGGGGUUUGAAUCUCAGACCCAGUCAACUAAGCACACAAAUUGUGUCUACUUUGAACCAGCCAGGAACUGGGUUGAAUCCGACAAGGACAGGCAUAAGCCAGCCGCCAUCCCUGACACCCAACAGUUUUCCUUCAUCCAACCAAAGUGCCAGGGCUUUCCAGGGCAGUGAGCAUGGCAGUGACUUAGCUUUUGACUUCCUCAGCCAACAGGCUGACACCAUGGGUCCCGCCCUGAACAGCGAUGCCGACUUCAUUGAUUCUUUACUGAAAACAGAGCCCGGCAAUGACGACUGGAUGAAAGACAUAAACCUGGACGAAAUCUUGGGAAACAAUUCCUAAAGGAGAAACGGGAGACGGUUCAUGGACUCUGCGCUCUGAAAGGCAGUAUUCGGCAAGGACGCAGCGAAGGCCGAACCGCUGACUUCCGGGGGGACUACAGGAGGAGGCUGUGGCUUAAAGGCGGAAAGCAGAAAGUAACUGCAGUGGUGACUGUUUUGGUUCCAGUUCUUGUUUAAAAAUCUCAAACCCUAAAGUAAAACAUUUGGGUCACUUUUCCCCGUGUAAGCCCCAGGACACAUUAUCCAAACAGAACUGUGAUGUCAGUGUGUAAUUAAUUGUGUAACAUAGGCUUCCCACACUUUCUCUGAAAGAAAAUAGAACUUGUAGCUUAUUUAACCCAGUGUUAUAAGGUAAUACUAGUUCUAAGCAACAACAAAAAGUUCUUUAAUUUGCUUUAAUAGAUAUGUGUGGUUUAAUUUUUCCACUAUCUUUUCAUUUAAUUUUCCUAAAGCUUACAAGAUAGAUCAAAAUAUUAUAGGUUUGUUUGAAGUAACUAAGCAGUGUCGUAUGUAAGCCAGAGUGGGUUGUAGUGGGUUAUAGAUUUCCCCUCUGGACCCAGUAUUUAUUUUUGCAGUUUUUCCACACAUUUUACGCCUUCGUGGGAUGCUGUGUCUGGUGAGGAAGUAAGAAUGCAGAGCUGUGCAACUCGAUUUUUGCUUCCGCAACCAAUUUCCAAAUCCAUUCCCAAGCAAGUUUUCAGUAUAACCUAGACCUGGCCUAAUUAUGCUGAAAUAUUGAUGUACACUUGUCUGCAUCAGAUUUUGUUUUUUUAAAAAAAACCCUGGACAUUGCUGUCACGGAGAUUUAUUUGGCCGCAAAUAACCUGAGCUAUUACUUCUUUUGACUGAUGGACACAGGUCUGUUCCCAAGUGGAGGGAAAUUGAGCUUUGCCUCUCUACUUAUUUUGAUGACCAGAGACUGCUUUGUAAGGAUAGAAAAUCUGGAGACCAAAACUCCAAUUAAAAGUAUUAUAUUUGGAUUGGAGAUAAGAAACAGGAGUGGCAGAUAUGAGUGCGUGCAAAUCUAUUCUAUAGAGGUUAGAAGGAAGCAUAAUUGAGAGAGAAAGUCUGCCCUUCUUCGGAUCAUUAUUUGGAUGUGGGUGAACUGCGAAAUAGAAUGUGGCCCAUCAGCAGCGGCAUAUUCAUUCUUUUGUCCCUAAGGGGAUGAGUCCUUGUCACACCACGGGGUGUUCGUAGCCAGGCUCUCUCUCUCAGGGCUGUGUUCCACAUCGUAUAAGGGGUUUUAGGUCAUUUCUCCUCAGCACUUACAGAUGAGCUAGUGAGUGGGGAAACCAUGCAGACGUAGGAUGGCUGCAAAAGUCACUAACAUUUUACUGCUUUGUGGGGAGCAAAUGUUGUCUUCAGCGUUUUAAUCAGGCAUACACAUAUUCCAAUAUCAAACGUCAUUUAACCAAAGUCAUUUUAAUAAAUCUUUAACAAGUCUUUAAAUAUCUGUUCAAUAAGAAAACACACGCUGAAGGCUUUGCAAAGCCCUCUCCCAAGCUGUAAAGCGUGCCGAGGCAGGCUCCUUCCUCUGCACGGCACCAACGUCACUGGCCCAGAGUCUUUUCUGUGCUGAUGUGUAAAUAUAAAUAAAUCACUCGUUUUGUAAACUUUUGUAAAGAAUAUUUUGGUAGAAAUACUUAAAGCAUAUUCUUUGGGCUAUAUUUAUACAUAUGUGAAAUAAAUAUACUAUCAAAAGGUUAUAUUUUAUACAAAAAGUAAAUUGUUACCUUUUGUAUGCUAAUAUGCAAAGUUUUGUAUAAUAUGAUGGUUUAUUUUUAGCUCCACACUUAAAUCAUAGGUGGUCUAGUUGGAACUUUUGAAAACUAUAAGAGGCUUGUUACAAAUUUAUAUUCUGAAACCUCAGUAAGAAAGCAUUCCAGGUUUCAUACCUUUCCUUUUUGUUCUGCUCCCAAAUUCUUUAUUAAGCCAAUAGGUCAUGUGUCUUAUUUGAUUAUUCUGCCGUGCACAUUGUAUUAACCCUCGUUGCAUGUGGUCUACUGUGUGUUUUCCCAUUUUAUAAAACAGUGUUUCUUCAUGCAAAAAAGAGGAAAAAUAAUGUACAUAUAAACAAUUUAUUUUAUGGCUCCUCCAUGUUACUGUAUAUAUCUGCCAGUACUUCCCAGCUACACUCCUGUAAUUCAGCUUAUUUUUACCCUAACAUAAAUAGUAUGUUUUGUAGUAGCUAUCAGAUUUAUGAGAUAAAGCAAUCAGAAUGUUUGGAUUUUCUUCUAUCUUAAUGUGAAUUUCAUAAUUGUCUAUUUAUUCAGCUAUUCAUUAAAAUACAGGAUUCUUUGGAAAAAAUGGUGUAA